GGUACCCCGCUGCUGCCGCCCGGGGUUGUCCGUGUCCCGGGGAGCAUCGUCCUGGCUGGGGUGUGUGCACCGGGACCCCCCCUCCCCGUUCCUGCCCGGCCUCAGGGGUUUUUACUGGGUCGACGUCCCGUCCGGCGGGGCCGGACACCCACGUCCCCAUGCGGAGAGGAGCCGGCGCUGGGUCAUGAGCAACACCACAGCCCCCACGGCCCCGGGUACGGUGGGCGACUCUCUGGUGGGCUACGUCCUGGGACCCUUCCUCCUCGUCACCCUCCUCGGCGCCCUCCUGGCUGCGGUGAUGUACGUCCAGAAGAAGCGGAGGUUUGACCGCCUGCGCCACCGGCUGCUGCCCAUGUACAGCUACGACCCGGCCGAGGAGCUGCAGGAAUCCGAGCAGGAGCUGCUGGUGGAGGCGGAGGACACCCGGGUGGUGCCGGGCUGGGGGGGACCCUCGCCCCAUCGGCCCCCGCGCGGGGACUGGAAGGCCUGAUGUUGGCCGGAGAGCUGGGGCCGAAUCCUGCCCGCAGGAGGCAAGGGAGGACGGUGUCAGCACCGGCGCUGCUGCCUUCGCCGUCUGCCACGAAGGGCAGGAUGCGCCCGCGGUGGCAUUGGCGAUACCGGCGGCUUUUGCCCAGGAGCGAUCCCACCUUGUGAGCACUGACGAUAACGAGUUAUGUCCCGCCUCGGCACCUGUUUUUGCCUUUUUUUUUUUUUUUUUUUUUCUUGAACCACCCCACCAGUCCUUUAAAAUGCACUGAGCAGGACGGCCGGGGCUGGCACCCCGGCGAGGGAGCAGCCGGGUGCCGGGGCUUUGCCGGGCACGGAGGGCAGGAUGCCUGUGGAGGAGCAACGCGGCAUGUGCUGGAGCAAAUAAACGUCUUUCUCUGCA